AUGUGUGGCCAUGAUACCGAGAAUGGGAGAGUUGAAAUAGGUGAUUGCAUGAACACUAGGAAGCCUCUUGCUCUGCCUAUGUUUGACAAGGUUUCUUUUCCUUAUCCUUGUUCAUCCUCAGUACUUGGCUGUCUUGCUUCUGCAGCUGAUAACGGCUACACGGUCAAAAAUGUCUUCUCCAUUCUCCCGAAUUCCUCAAGUUCUCUCAAAUUGCUAGCACCGCUUUUACUUUGCGAACAAUUGCAGCUCUCUCAAGUCGAUGAACCAUCAAACAGCAUUCCUAUUAGCGACCCUCUACGUUCAGAGGCGUAA